ACGGAGAGCAAGUCUUUGGAGGCUGCAUAUAGUUAAAUUCCUCCAAAAAAAGUCUUGUUUGAAGAAAUCUAAUUUAGAAAUCAAUCCAAAUUUGAAACAUUUGUUUAAGUAAUGGAAUUAUAUCAUUUUGUCAUAAGAAAGCUGAUUCAAAAUCAUGGUCCAGUCGUUUAAACUUUGACAGUUGUUAUGCCUUGAGUGCAACAACCUCUCCUUGCUUGUGGUACAAUUCAGUUUCAAGAUUAAUUAGGCCACAAAUUAAGGUUGGGGUAAAACAAUUUUUAAAGCAUCCUUUGGAGCAUUAUCUAGAAGUUGUGACAAAAAAACAGCCAGCAGCCAUGAUGAAAAGAAACAACUCACCAAACCUUGAAAUGAUGGAAGUUUGAAGGCAACUGCCCCAACCAAAACCCCCAGUUCUUAUUUUUGUGUAAAAAGUUUGUUGAGACAGAAGGUAAAAAACUGAGGCACCAAGGUAUGUAAAUGAAAUCUAAAAUUCGAAAGGGAAAAGAGGAGAUAAUGAAGUGGCUACUUCCACUAGGUUAGCAACCUCGAACCCAGACAGGGAGUGGUUGUGGUUGCCAAAAGAUCGGUGGUUGGUGCUCCUUGAAUAAAGUCACCAGCCAGAAACCCACGAGGGACAUUUUGGGGGCAUUAUUUCGGUGUGUCCGUUUCUUGUGGGUAUGAGGGCCCCUCUCCAUUCUGAAAGUUUCGUCAUGUCAGGCAGUGGCGGCGGGUAAUUUUGCCUCGUUUCAGUGCUAAUUUUAGGAAAUUUGACCUACUCCUACCUAGCGCUUUUUAAUCCGUUUUCAGAAGAAAUAUGUAGACCAUAUUUUGAAGGAAAUGGGGGUGUAAUUACCCCCCCCCUUACCCCCUUAUACCCCCUUGGUGCCGCCACUGGUGUCAGGGGCUCGAACAACAGACACUUGGAUCUCUGCUUGGAUCUGUAGCCAGCCCCCGUGAUCACAGAAAUCACUCUGGUCAAAUUUGAAGAGUAAAUCGGAGUAAACGAAGAACACAAUCAGCAAUUAAGAUACCUCCUUUGAUACCAAUUGAAAAUUCAAUGAAAUUGAAUAUCUAUCCUUUGUUUCGUUAAACCAAGGGCCUUUAACAAAAGCUAAGAUUUUUCAACAGCUCGUAGUUUUCACCGAGUCAGAAAAUGUGUUUUGAAAGUUGUGGUCCAAAUGAAGCAAUGGUUGUUUCAGGUUAGUUUACAAUUUGAAUUGAAGCAGUUAUUUAUUGCGUUUUUGUUUUCUGUAGAUUAGCUAUUUCACCAUGCAAUACACUUCUUCAAUACGCAAUGAAGAGUCUAGACCCUACGUCAAAAUUCCUGGCCUAAUAGAACAAGAGAUGGUCUGAAUGAAUUGUGCCUGAUACUGAGCACAUAGGUUUUUGAAGGGGUUUUUGCAAUGUAUUUAAGUCCUAGAGUUUGAGCUGAAAUUUUAAACCUGAUUCUUCAAACCUAUCUGCAAAACAAAUUGUAUGCUGGUGUUAACAUUUUUGUGUUUUGAUUGUAAACGCCUACCGAAGCUAAAUCGUUACGUUUGAUUGUAAACGCCUACAGAUUUAGCAGCUGGCUCGAUAUUAAAAGAGGUGUUCCACAAUGAUCCAUAUUAUGUUUGUUUCAAAAAAGGUAACUUUAGCAUUACGUAAUUAUAAGUAUUGAAAUGUGAUUCAUAUGGAAUUUGUAAGAUUUUUUCCAUUUUUAUGACACCGAUUUCUAAAAAGUUGUGAUCUUUUCGAAAUUAGGAAUGAAGGAGCUCAAUCUACUUUUUCCAAGAAGAGCUAGAACGUUCAAAUGUGUUGACACACCAGUUUUAUCAUUUACUACAACCAUUAUAAUGUGUUUUUCAGGUGCGUGUCGUUCUAGGCCACUACAUAUCGUAGGAGGAAGAGUUUUUGUGUGGCCGAAAAUCCAAAGAGUUCAAAGAAUGGAUCUGAAUGUGAUGACUCUAAAUGUUGAGUCAGUCAAAGUCCGUACAGUACAAGGUAUACCCAUAACUGUCACUGCAAUUGCCGAAGCGAAGAUCCAGGGUAUGAAUUUUGAAAUGCUUAAAACCGCAUGUGAGCUGUUUCUUGGAAAAAGUACAGAUGAAGUUCGCCAAGUUGUACUUGAAACACUUGAAGGCCACCAAAGUGCUAUUAUUGGAACGAUGACAGUUGAGGAAAUUUAUCAAGACAGAAAGAAGUUUUCCAAAUCAGUUUUUGAGGUGGCUUCAUCAGACCUGGUAAACAUGGGGAUCAGUGUUAUCAGCUACACACUGAAAGACAUCAGAGAUGAAGAGGGUCACCUUUUGGAACCAGGAAUGAAGAGAACUGGAGAGGUGCAGACCGAGGCAAAGAUGGAAUCGGGAAUCAUGGAAGCGUCAAGAGAUAAGCAAGAGAUGAAUUAGUCAUUUUGGUUUACUGGCUUUGGCCUAAAUUUUAGACCAUUUUGUUGGCUGUUACAACCAAGUGAUUAAUUGAUUUGACUUUCUGAUUUUUAGGGGUAAUCCAAUUCAUAUGCAAUCAAAAAGAAGGAUGAAUUAGAGCGUGUUGCCAAAUCCAACCGUUAAUACUUGUAUUUUGCAAUGUAUUGAAAGAAAGUCAGUUGAACAAGUGGCUCAAUUUCUUUGUUUUGUCUUUAAGAUCAUCUAUAAUUUAGAAGGCAAGACAAAAGAAAGUAAAAUAUUUUUUAAAUCAAAUAUCUAAACUGAAAUUACGGCUCAAUUUGCGUAAAUCUGGAUGGAGAGCAUGUAUUUGAAAGAAUGAUGUUUGAGAAAAAUCUUUAGAGAGUGCAUAUAGUUAAAUUCCUCUCAAGAACCUAGUUUUGGACACUUUCCUGUCACAACAAGGUAUUUAUAGUAAAUAGAUUCACAUGUUUCAAUAAGACCAGUUGAAAACACCAAUACAAAUUUGAAGGAUUUUAACAUCACUUGAAGAAAUUGAAUUAUGUCAUCUUGUCAUAAAAAAGUUCAUUAGGAAACAAAAUCCAAUCUCAGAAACUUCGACAGUUCGUUGACUCAACUGGGCUUAUGACCAAAAAAUACUUGAGUGCAACUCCCUCCCCUUGGUCGUGGCUCAGUUCAGCUCCAAAUCUAGACCACGUAUGUAUGUUGGAGCUAAACAAAUUGUUGAGUACCUUCGUGGUUCUGGGAAUGCUGGAACAUUAUACAGAAGUCGUAAAUAAAACAAAGUAAGGAACAAUGAUAAAAAAGAUCAAAUGAACAAAAGGGGAAGUUGGAAGGUAACAGCCUGUCACCCCUACCCAAAUAAGAUUUGCUAUUAUUUGGAAAUUUGCCACAGAUCUAAAGGGGUUUUCAUAGGAUGCAUAAGGGAGCGAACCCUUGAUUUUUUGUUAAGUCUGUGCCAAUCCUACCGCCCCCUAAAUGGAGCCAUGAAUUUCCGCACUAGUCGCCACUGCAAAUAACCUAACCCCAUGGAAAGUCAAUUUUGUUGGUCUUUUUUGUCAGAAUUGAAGUAUUGGCAUCAUCAGCUAAUUCAGAGUGGGAGUAUACUGCGCAUUACCCAUGAGGC